AAGUCAUUUUCAGCUGUUUUGACAAUUCCUUGUGCCGCCAAAGUUGAACGAAAACAAUAUUAUUUAUUGUUUAAUUGAAGUAUAAACGAUGAUUUAAUUAGUUAAUUUCAAAUAAAAAUGUCAAAAAGAUUUUUUCCUCAGCAGCCUGGUGAAAGAAAGAAGGCUAAGUUAGAUAUUACCAUAUCAGAUCACAAUUUUCCUCUUAGUCAAAAUGCAGCUGCGAAUGAUGAUUUCGAUAACUGGGGAGACGACAAUGACGACGAAAUGCUGCUCAUGGCGAGCCAGGCGUGCGAGCAGGCUUACGGCAACAACACCACCCUUCCAGACUUCAGCCUCUGUAUGCAGCCGGGUGCUACCAGCACCCAAAUGUUUGCAGAACCCGGCCCAAGUAAAGAAAUCACGUUUAAAAAACCAACCGUUAACUCUCCACACCUAACAUCUAUCUAUUUAAAAGAUAAGUGUACUAGAAUCUCCUCUCCUCUACCCGGUAUGUCAUCAAAAGUAAUAUCAAACGGAGAGACAAUGAAAUACAAUGAUGAUUUAAUAUAUAAUGACAAGGUAUAUAAGGGGCAAGAUCCAGACCAUGUUUACCGACAACUUCUCCAGUUGCAAGAGGAGAAUGCUAAGUUAAAAUCAGAAAACGGUAAAUUAAUGGACAAAUGUGUGACAAAGGAAGGUGAGGCGUCUAUUCUUCGGACGCAGCUCAAGUCUUGUCAGGUGUCAGUGGAUAAUGCUAGAAUGGAGAAGAUAAAAGCUCAAGAGAAGGUGCAGAUGGAAUGGACUGAGAAAUUGGCAGCUGUUAAUGGACAAAUGCAUGAUUUGAGGACACAGUUGGAUUUUAAGAAUUUGGAAAUAAUCAGCAUUAAGGAGAGAUGCAGGAUGCUAGAAUCCACCAAAGUGAAAUUGACUCAAGUCACUGUUUCAAAUAAUGAGAUAUCCUCAAGUCACCGGCACAACAAUACAAGCUCCAAUCACAACCUGUCUCUAACCCAGAGGAGGGUAAAGACAUCUUCUGCUGCCGCUCAGACUGACAGCAAAGCACACUUCUGGAAGCUACACAAAUCACACAAUUCUGCAACACCGAACCUCACCAGCCUACUCCCAUCAAUCCUUGAGCCCACAACUGAGCAGCCAUCGCUCCUCGACUACAAUGAGAAGCUCCAGACAGAUCUGGACCAAUCACAGCGCCCCUGUCGGGUCUUUAGCACCUUCCAUCGGGUACCAGCCACUACUGUGUCAAAGCAGAGGGAGGGGCAGAUGACUGUUGGGUGCAUACAUGAGGAUUUGACUAGUAUAACUAAUGGCGAAAAUGUUGCGGAGAAAUUAGACAAAAUCGUGAAAGCAACAUGCGCCGUACUCACAAAAGUGCAACAGCAGUUAAAAGAGGUGCAGUCCCGCGCUACGACUGCUUUUCAGCGGGACAUGGACCAGCGGUACAUCGACGUUUCCGGUACGUUUGUACCGGUACCGAGGCGGAGCUUACUCUCUGGCAGAGCACUGUACAAAGAAGAGCAAGGCAUAUUAGCGCGACGUAUGGUGGCCACUAUAGCGUUCUUACUCGACCGCUCAACCAGGAUAGUUCCUAAGGAACAAGUCAAAAAAAUUACUGAAAAUACGAAAGAUGGAAUUCUACAUGUUUUAAGUGAUGUCUGCUCGUUACUGGACGCCACGUGUUGCGCCACCCUGUACAACGGCCUCCUCUACUCCGCCACCCUCCUACCCCUCCGCACCCUCCUCAAACCCCUCAUCUCGUGCCGCCCCAUGCCGUCCGUCUCCUGCCAGAUAUUGAGGGUGCUGAGGAGAACAAAUGAGGAGGUUUGUGGCGGGAGUGGGAAUAUGAGGAUAGAUUUGGAGCAGGGAGUGUUGCUUUACAAAAAAGAUUCGUGCCAUCUACACGUCCUCUUGAAGCAGAUCGAAGUGGCGCUGAAGUGUAUAGAGAGGCAAAACUUAGUCUCAGAGGCGCUCACUACAGCGCAGGAUCUACUAGGGUUCUAUACCAACUAUAACGCUAGGCAUAAUUCACAGGAAAACAGGUGUGAUUGUCAACUCGUGCUGAUGCAAGUCCUAGUAUACGCCCUGCGGAUAUGCUCUCUCAUGUUGAAGGCUUGUCAAUCAUCCAAAGAUAAUUUAUCGUCAUCGCUUGUAUCAGUGUGUCUCGGGGGCAUGUGGGUGCUGCACCAGCGCGUGUCGCGCGACGCGGAGUACUGCGCGCGGCUCGGGGGCGCCGAGGGGGCCGCGCUGGAGUUCCUUGACACCAUGAGGGGUUUUAAACACUCUGAGAUGUUUGAAAACAUGCUGAUAGAGUUAGCGGGGACGUUCCAAUGCGCGGCGGAAGAUUCUCCGCCAUCUUACCACAGACAAGCGUGGAUCAAGAGCUUCGACGCAUUCUCUCUGGCCGACUGAUUGAUCAAGACUUAGUUAUCAUAUUUCUAUAGAUACCUGCAUUAAGGCUGUUCCAUCGGUUUGCCGCUGUCACUGUCACAUUUCGCAAGAAAGAACGGGAAAGAUCAUUCGCGCCAAGUGUCAAUUUUGAUCGAAUUAUGUCGAUUUUUAUUUAUUUUAAAAACGGUACCUUACAAUAUCGAAAUUCUAAAGCUAUGAAAUUACUAUUUAAGUUAAGAUUGUUUUUUCUUCUUUUUUUGUCUAGUAUCACAUAAUAAAUAACCGAGUAAAGUUUGAUUAAAAGUCCGAGUUAGAGGUUACUUUGGGAACUAAUUGUAUCGAGCGAAGGUCAUAAUUUGUUUAUCGGAAGCUAUGUUAUUAAGGAUAAUAUAGUCAAGAACUGCAUAUAUUUUUUUCACGUCUACGAAUAUCAACGCCUCUUAGAAAAACAUGAUCAUAUAAGGAGAUUUUUCGCCUUCUGGCUCAGGGAACCGCCUUAAAACUGAUUGAAAAGUUGAUUACUAGACUCUGACCAUGCUAACUUUGCACAAACUUAAAGAGAUGUAGCAGGAAUAAUUUCGUGCGAGACUGCGCGGAGGAUCUGCCAUCUUGUGGCCGAAACGAAAACUUAAACUUGACAAAGUAAGGACACUAACCCGAGAUUAAGCCGUUAAACCGUUAACUCAAGUGUCAAAUUGUACUGGUAACCAUGGUAACUCCGUUUAACCGGUUAACCCCGGGUUAGUGGUAUGGUGCGUGGCGCUAAACAGCAAGAAUUUAGUACAUUGACCUGCCAUGUCCUAUCUCUAUAUAGCUGUCCCGUUCCCACAGUCCCACUCGCACUGACCGCCGGCAUCAUCGGCGAGACAGCAAUAUAAUUACGCGCGUGCGAUAGAGAUAGGAAAUGGCGGGUUAAUGUACUAAAUUCAUCGUUUAUAGCGUCCUUGCUUUACACUUUGCUCCUCUCAGGGGCUCCUGACGCUACUGUGCUGCCCCCUUCAGAUCACAUACUAAAGGUAUGCCUGGUUUAAAACUGUACCUUCGUAGGUAUUGUCUUAUAAAAUCUGCGAGUUUUGUAGGAUCUAACCUUUUCGACGCCGUGUCAAACACAAAAGCUGUCAUCCAGACGCCACGUCACCGAAGUGUCAAAAGUGAAAUUGAACUUUAUGCAUGUAGGUCUAUGUUGCUCUGUGGUCUAUGACCGAUUAAUCGGUCUUUGGCGUUGAACCUGCGGUGCGUAUAUAUCGGUCAUUGGCGUCCAAAAGGUUAAAGUUUGGCUGCUCGACAAGUCCUACUUUGUACUCAAAUGAAAAUGAUAUAAUGGAUUAAAGUUGUAUAUUUAUCUUGUAAAUAUUGUACAUUGUAUUUUUAACUGAUUAAGUUUUUAAUACCUACCUGAUAGCUUUACUGUUUUAACAAUGUUUCAAUAAGUGAGAUUGGUACGGGUAUCAUAUUAUUUUGAGAUAACUGUAUGGCAGACAAUAAUGAAUUAAUGGUAAUAAUGAAUUAAUGGUAAUAUUGUAGUAGGUAUUAUUAUAUAUGAGGCAUUUUCUAUGAAAAGGGACCUUAUUGUCGAUGGCGCUUACGCCGCA